UCCAGGGAAAGAGAUCAGAAUCACCUGCACCUAGCUGUGUCUCCAUGAAGAGUGAUCAGUCUAUGGAGCCUCCUUUAGAGUUUAAAGAUGGAGACUCAUCACUUCAUCACAGCAAACUCCAGGGAAAGAGAUCAGAAUCACCAGCACCUAGCGGUAUCUCCAUGAAGAGUAAUGAGUCCAUGGAGCAUCCUCUGGCGUUUAAAGAUGAAGCCUCGUCACUUCUACACAGGAAUGACCCAGAAUCUGUGGCUGUAAAUGAAUUCCAAAAAACAUUCAAAUUAAAUCUGAUGAAGAAGUUUCAGUGUUUGCAUGGAGUGAUAACAAACCCGGGGAACCCAACAUUCCUGAGUGAGAUCUACACAGAGCUCUACAUCACAGAGGGAGACAGUGGAGAUGUCAAUAAUGAACAUGAGGUGAGACAGAUCGAGGCAGCAUCCAGGAGAACAACAACAGAGGAAACACCAAUCAAAUGCAAUGACAUCUUUAAUCCUUUAUCUGAACAAGAUGAACCCAUCAGAACUGUUCUGACGAAGGGAGUCGCUGGCAUCGGAAAAACAGUCUCUGUGCAGAAGUUCAUUCUGGACUGGGCUGAAGGGAAAGAAAAUCAGGACAUCCACCUCAUAUUUCCACUUCCUUUUAGAGAACUGAAUUUGAUGAAGGACCAGAAACUGAGUCUAAUGGAGCUCCUUCAGUUCUGUUUUAAAGACACAAUAGGAACAGAAAUGUUGAGUUCAAAAAAGGUUCUGUUCAUUUUUGACGGAUUGGAUGAGUGUCGUUUUCCUCUAGAUUUCCAGAACACAGUGAGAGUGUGUGAUGUAACUGAAUCAGCAUCAGUGCCGGUGCUGCUGAUAAACCUGAUUAAAGGGAAUCUGCUUCCCUCUGCUCUCAUCUGGAUCACCUCCCGACCAGCAGCAGCUGAUCAAAUCCCCUCUGAGUGUGUGCAUCGAGUCACAGAGGUACGAGGGUUCAAUGACCCACAGAAGGAGGAGUUCUUCAGGAAGAGGAUCAGUGAUCAGAACCUGGCCAAUAACAUCAUCACACACCUGAAGUCAUUAAGAAGCCUCUACAUCAUGUGCCACAUCCCGGUCUUCUGCUGGAUUUCAGCCACUGUUCUAGAGAGAAUGUUGGGUGAAGCAGAGAGUGGAGAGAUCCCCAAGACUCUGACUCAAAUGUACACACACUUCCUCAUCAUUCAGACAAACGUCAUAAGACAAAAAUACUCAAAGAAGCAGAAGAGUAUUAAUAAAAUGCUUCUUAAACUGGGACAACUGGCUUUUCAGCAGCUGAAGAACGGGAACCUGAUCUUCUAUGAGGAAGACCUGAGAGAGUGUGGCAUUGAUGUGACAGAAGCAGCAGUGUACUCAGGUGUGUGUACACAGAUCUUCAGAGAGGAGUCUGGGCUUCACCAGAGUAAAGUGUACUGCUUUGUUCAUCUGAGCAUUCAGGAGCUCCUUGCAGCUCUGUAUGGGCACUUGACAUUCAGAAUUAAGAAGAAAAAUGUUCUUAAUCAAAAUCAGGUCCCUGAACGGUUGAUCUCAAAUUUACACAAGAGUGCUGUAGAUCUUGCUUUAGAAAGUCUGUAUGGACAUCUGGAUCUUUUCCUUCGCUUUCUUCUUGGUCUGUCACUUAAGUCAAAUCAGAAACUCUUACAUGCCUUAGUAACACAGACAGGAAGUAGCUCCCAAAGCACAGAGGAAACAGUUCAGUACAUUAAGAAGAAGAUCAGUGAAGAUCUUCCUACAGAGAAAUCCAUCAAUCUGUUCCACUGUCUGAAUGAAGUGGGUGAUAAUUCUCUAGUGGAGGAAAUCCAGCACUACCUGAAAUCUGGAAAACAAAGUGAACUCUCUUCUUCACAGUGGUCUGCUCUGGUGUUUGUGUUACUGACCUCAGCACAGGAGCUGGAAGAGUUUGACCUGAGUAAAUAUUUCAGUACAGAGAAGAUAACAGAAGCUGUUUUUCUGAAGAUGAUGCCUGUGAUCGCAGCCUCCAGAAAAGCAAUGUUGCGUGAUUGUGGUAUCUCAGAUAAAGGCUGUGCUGCUCUGACUUCAGCUCUGAGAUCAAACCCCUCACACCUGAAAGAACUGACGCUGUCUGAGAAUAAACUCGGAGACUCAGGAGUGAAGUGUCUCUCUGCUCUACUGGGAAAUCUUCAUUGUAAACUGGAGAAACUGUGGUUAUGUAAGUGUGGUGUCUCAGCUGAAGGCUGUGCUGUCCUGACUUCAGCUCUGAGGUCAAACCCCCGAUAUCUGAAAGACCUGAUUCUGUCUGAGAAUAAACUAGGAGACUCAGGGGUGAUAUAUCUUUCUGCUGUACUGGAGAAUCCUCUCUGUAAACUGCAGACACUGAGGUUGCGUGAUUGUGGCGUCUCAGAUGAAGGCUGUGCUGCUCUGACUUCAGCUUUGAAAUCAAACCCCUCACAUCUAAGAGAACUGAUACUGUCUGAGAACAAAUUAGGAGACUCAGGAGUGAAGUGUUUCUCUGCUAUACUGGAGAAUCCUCGCUGUAAACUGGAGAUAGCAGGUUUGUGUAAGUGUGGUGUAUCAGAUGAAGGCUGUGCUGUUCUGACUUCAGCUCUGAGAUCAAACCCCUCACACCUGAGAGACCUGGACCUGUCUGAAAAUGAACUAGGAGACUCAGGAGUGAAGUGUCUCUCUGCUAUACUGGGGAAUCCUCACUGUAAACUGGAGAAACUGUGGUUAUAUAAAUGUGGUGUCUCAGAUGAAGGCUGUGUUGCUCUGACUUCAGCUCUGACAUCAAACCCCUCACACCUGAGAGACCUGAAUCUGUUCAAUAAUAAAAUAGGACACUCAGGAAAGACGCUACUCACUGCUCUUAGGAAUGAUCAGCAUUACAAACUACAGACUCUGAGAAUGUGUGACUGUAAUAUCUCAGAUGAAGGCUGUGCUGCUCUCACUUCAGCAAUGAGCUCAAACCCAUCACAUCUGAGAGACCUGAAUAUGUCUCUUAAUAAACUAGGAGACUCAAGAGUGAAGAGUCUCUCUGCUGUACUGGAGAAUCCUCACUGUAACCUGGAGACACUGUGGUUGUGGGAUUGUGGUGUAUCAGAUGAAGGCUGUGCUGCUCUGACUUCAGGUCUGAGAUCAAACCCCUCACACCUGAGAGACCUGGAUCUGUCCUGGAAUAAACUAGGAGACUCAGGAGUGAAGAGUCUCUCUGCUGUACUGGAGAAUCCUCUCUGUAAUCUGGAGAAACUGGGGUUGUGUAAGUGUGGUGUAUCAGAUGAAGGCUGUGCUGCUCUGACUUCAGCUUUGGGAUCAAACCCCUCACAUCUUAGAUCUCUGGAUCUGACUGGGAAUAAACUAGGAGACUCAGGAGUGAAGAGUCUUUCUGCUGUACUGGAGAAUCCUCACUGUAAACUGGAGAAACUGAUGUUGUGUCAUUGCAGUGUAUCAGAUAAAGGCUGUGCUGCUCUGACUUAUGCUCUGAGAUCAAACCCUUCACACCUUAGAGAACUGAAAGUGGCCUAUAAUAAUUUAGGAGACUCUGGGGUAAAGAGUCUCUCUGCUGUACUGGAGAUUCUUCACUGUAAUCUGGAGAAACUGAGUUUGCGUGAUUGUGGUAUCUCAGAUGAAGGCUGUGCUGCUCUGACUUCAGCUCUGAGAUCAAACCCCUCACACCUGAGAGACCUGAAUCUGUCCUGGAAUAAUCUAGGAGACUCAGGAGCAAAGUGUCUCUCUGUUGUACUGGAAAAUCCUCACUGUAAACUGGAGACACUGAGGUUGUGUAAGUGUGGUGUCUCAGAUGAAGGCUGUGCUGCUCUGACUUCAGCUCUGAAAUCGAACCCCCAACACCUGAGAGAACUGAAUCUGUCCCAUAAUAAUAUAGGAGACUCGGGAGUGAAGUGUCUGUCUGCUGUUCUGGAGAAUCCUCACUGUAAACUGGAGACAUUGUGGUUGUGGGAUUGUGGUGUCUCAGAUGAAGGCUGUGCUGCUCUGACUUCAGCUCUGAAAUCAAACCCCUCACACCUGAGAGACCUGAAUCUGUCCUUUAAUAAACUUGGAGACUCAGGAGUGAAGAGUCUCUCUGCUGUACUGGAAAAUCCUCACUGUAAACUGGAGAAACUGUGGUUGUGUGAUUGUGGUGUCUCAGGUGAAGGCUGUGUUGCUCUGACUUCAACUCUGAGAUCAAACCCCUCACACCUGAGAGACCUGGAUCUGUCUAAUAAUAAAAUAGGAGACUCAGGAAAGAAACUGCUCUCUGCUUUGAUGAAAGAUAAACAGAUCUUUGUGAACAUGUGA